AUGAAGCGGCGCCGGCACGAAAGGGAGGACAUGGGGCCAGCGGCCGCUGCACUGCGUCGGCGUUCUGUGUUUCGUGACGCCCGCGCCUCGACGGCGCAGCUCACUGCCGCGCAGCUGAUUGCGGACGCCCAGGAGAUGCAGCGCGGGGCCGGUCCCGUCAACGAUAGUACACGGGUCGUGAUUAACAGCCGGGAGGAGCUUGCCCUGUACCGCCAAAAGACGCGAGCCGAACUAGAGGAACGAGUGAAGCGGGGCUACGCUUUCCUCGGUAACUGGGUGAAGUACGCUCGCUGGGAAGCACAGCAAAAGGAUUUUGAGCGCAUGCGUAGCGUGUUGGAGCGUGCUGUUAAGUUUCACGGGACCUCCCCUGUUUUGUGGCGUGACUACGCCGAGCUGGAGGAGGAGCACGGAUUUGUCAACCACGCGCGGGCGGUGUGGGACCGCGGGGUGACAGCGUUGCCUGCUUCCACGGAUCUUUGGUUGAAGUAUCUCGUGCUUGAGCAGGCUGCUGGACAGGAAAGCAGAGUGCGUGACGUGUUCAACCGCUGGCUCUCGGGCCCCACCCCGCCUACGUGCGCCUGGGAGUUGUUUGCGCUUUUUGAGGCGCAGUGCCAAAGGACAGACGCUUGUAGAAGCGUUAUUCGUCGCUACGUUGAAGCGCACGGUACUGUGGAGACGUGGUUGUUUUAUGGUUCCACCGAGCUGGAUGUGCUUGGAAACGCGGACCGCGCAGUGAAGGUCUACGAGACGGCGAUGGAGGCCCUUCCGAAGGCCUACACAAAUGGUGAGGUAGACUGCCGCAUCCCACUUGCAUGGGCCGACGCUCUUACGGCGACGAAAAAGUUCGAGGCAGCACGACAGGUGUACCACCGUAUGCUGCGGGAGUGUGCCUCAGUCAGUGCCCUGGACAAUAUUUUUGCGGCGUAUAGUCAUUUUGAGCGGUUUUAUGGGGACAACGAAAACUGUGAGGCCGUGGCGGUUGCGGUGGCCAAGGCGAUGUAUAAGCAGCGUAUUACUCGAAACCCCUACGACUUUGAUGCGUGCGUGUCACAGUAUCUUAUACUGCGAGACGCAGUCCAGCAUAGCAGCGACGAUGACGCGAGAGGAGAGAAUUCAAGUGAAGAGGCGUUGAUGUGCCUCACCUCUGCCGUCCGGACCCACGUUGAUGGGGACAAAGAUCCAGCAGCAGUGCAACAACAGGCCGUUAUCGUGAUGGAGUACGCACGCCUCAUGGAGGCGCGCGACCUCACCGCAGCACGUGCAGCGCUGGCGAGUUGCAUUAAAGAGUUUCCCUUCCAGAGGGCGUGGUGCCCUCGCCUCUGGAUGGAGGCGGCCGCGCUUGAGCAGCGGCAUGGGGCAUACCCCCAGGCUCGCAGGCUUUUGGGGGCCGCGCUGAACCUCUCGGCCUGUCCGGAGGUGUUCACUGCGGCAUUGCGGCUUGAGGAGCAAGCUUGCGUAGCGGGCGAAUUGAGCCGUGAGGAUCGGGUGCAGCGGAGUCGGACCAUUUUCCAGACCGCGAUCAAGCAAUUCCCACACGACUUCACUCUCUGGGAGGGGUACGCCAAGAUGGAAGAGAAGGAGGAGCAGUUUCACCGUUCCGAUGCACUGCGAGCCGCGUGCAUCCACUCCUUGUCCGCAGCGGCACGGGCCGCUUCCUCGAUGGCGGAUCGCUACAGAAUGUUAGAAAAGGUGGAUCAGGCCUGGGCCCGACGGCUGGCUUUGAAGCGUCGACUUCUGCGCACUCUACAGAAGGCGUCGCAGGAUGUUGGCGCAAGCGAGGAGGAGUCGACAAGGAGAGAGAAGAAUGCCCUCCUGCAGCUCUACCGUGAGUUGUUGGACUCUGUCUGGGAGGAGUACACGUACGAGGCGCUUGAGUGGAAGCGAAAGACCACGGCGACGGGAGGGAUUCUGUCUCCGCCCCCAGAACGCAUGCCGGAUGUUUUAGCGCCCGCCCUCGCACGCUGGGGUGAGGCGGUGGGGGCUGUUGCAAAUUUUGCUCUUGUGGCCACGCAACGCGCAGGAGAAUACGAGGCGUCUUCUGUAGAUUGGAUGCGCACCGCCUUCCGUGAGAUGCUGGAGCGGGAGCGGCCCGAGAUGCUCCGGAAGCUUGGAGGAUUUGAUGAUAGCGCGAGCUACGACGCCGUGCAGCAGGUAAAGUUGUGGGGGGAAUUCCUAGUGUCUCCCAUCGUAACGGAGUGGAGGCGGUUUGAGGCGACCUACGCCACGCCGGCGGAAUUGGAGGCCGUGCAGGCACUCAUGAAGCCGACUAAGCGCCGCACGCGUCUCUUCGCUGGGCGGAGGCUGUAA